UGUUCAAGACAGUGACAGAGGGAAUCGAUUCCUUGUCGGAAACAACUCUCAACAGCAACUUCUUCUUGUAGCUCAACUUGGAAAAGAUGAAACGGAACGCAGCGAAAUCAUCAAAUUAAAACACUAGAAAGUUCGUUUGAGCGACAGACAGAUGUUUGAUUGUGUGCAGGCCAAGACACCAAACAAACCCUAAAGUGUGUUUUCUGUGUGAUGUACUGCUCCAGUGUGGUGUAGUGUGUGAGUAAGAUGUCUUUACAGGAGUAUGAGAGGCAUUACGCCUCUUUAAACUCGGGAGUCUGGAUGUGAAUCGUCAGUGGAAGAUCUUCAACAUCUUACAGUGGAGAAGAGGAGAAGUUACAUUAUAUUCCCAGUCGAGUGCUGGGAAAAGGGGCUUUUGGAGAAGCGACACUGUACAGACGCACUGAGGAUAAUUCUCUGGUGGUUUGGAAGGAGAUCGAUCUGAACAAUCUCUCCGAUAAGAAGCGCAGAGACGUUAUGAAUGAAAUCAGCAUCCUGUCCAUUCUACAGCACAACAACAUCAUCGCAUACUUCAACUACUUCAUGGACAAAAACACGCUGCUCAUAGAGCUGGAAUACUGCAACGGUGGAAAUCUUUAUGACAAAAUCAACCAGCAGAAAGGGACACUCUUCAAGGAAGAGGUUGUCAUAUGGUACUUGUAUCAGAUCACCGCAGCUGUUGCUCAUAUUCAUAAAGCAGGUGUCUUGCACAGGGACAUCAAAACCUUGAACAUCUUCCUCACCAAAACCAACCUGAUUAAGUUAGGAGAUUACGGGUUGGCAAAGAAACUCGACUCGCAAUAUUCAAUGGCUGAAACCUGUGUCGGCACUCCUUACCACAUGUCUCCUGAGCUCUGUCAAGGAGUGAAAUAUAACUUUAAAUCAGACAUCUGGGCAAUGGGAUGUGUCUUAUUUGAGCUGCUCGCCCUCACCAGGACCUUUGAUGCAACGAGUCCUCUGAACUUGUGUGUGAAGAUCGUGCAGGGCAACUGGACCAUGGAGAUCAACUCUGAUGUUUAUUCAUCUGAACUCAUCAAGCUGGUGUAUGAGUGUUUAGAUCAGGACCCUGAAAAACGACCCACAGCCGAGCAGAUAUUAGAGCAGCCCGUCAUCGCUCAUGUCAGACCAGAGCUGGAGGAGAGAGUGGCAGUGCUCAAUUCUGCCAUCAAGAAACCAAAGUUAAGCACAGUGACAGAGAUGUCAGUUGCUGUGGUGACCACCCGCUCACGGGAGGUGUAUUUCUGGGGUGGUGGAAAGUUCACGCCGCAGAAGCUGGACAUGUUUAAAGGGGGCAGCACGCAGCACGUGUGCGCAGGAGAGAUGCAUUUCGCAGUCGUGACAGUAGAGAAAGAGCUGUACACCUGAGCUAGUGUUCAGGGAGGGGCGAAGAUGGUGGGUCAGCUGGGUCACGGUGAUCAGGCCUCGUACCGUCAGCUGCGGCGUGUGGAGCGUCUGCAGGGGAUAGCCAUCAGACAGGUGUCCUGCAGUGCAGAUUUCACCGUCUGCAUCACCGAUGAGGAUCAGAUGUAUAUGUUCGGGUCAGACUACUACGGCUGCAUCGGUGUGGAGAACGAGAUGGGCAUGGAGGUUCUGGAGCCGGUUUUGCUGGAGUUCUUCGAGGAGCGUCCGGUGAAGCAGGUGUCGUGUGGAGAUAAUCAUGUGGUGGCUUUGACUCAGAGCGGAGAAAUCUUCUCAUGGGGAUGUGGAGAACACGGCCGACUCGGUCUCGACUGUGAGGAUGAUUUCUCCUCUCCAAUGCAAGUUGAGGUUCCUAAAGGUGCGUUCAUUGACUGCGUGUUCUGCGGUAGUGAUGGGACUAAAGUUUUAGCAUGUGGCAACAAUGAACUGAACAAACUGGGUCUGAAUCAGGGCAUCUCUGGCAUCAAAAACCACCCGGGGGAAGGUUAUCAGGGGAUACCGUACACCACCACUCUCACUCUGGUCAAACAACUGUCACGUUUCAAGAUCCAGUUCAUCUCUCCUGGAAAAACACACACAGCUGCAAUAGAUGAACGCAGGCGUCUGAUGACCUUCGGCUGUAAUAAGUUUGGACAAUUGGGUGUGAAAGACUUGAAGAAGCAUCAAGGAGUUCAGAUUCUCGUCGGGGCCUUCGGAGGCAAAGUCGUCACUAAGGUGUCGUGUGGAGAUGGAUUCACUAUUGCAGCCACAGAGGAUAAUCAGAUCUUUGCUUGGGGAAAUGCAGGUAACGGGCGUUUGGGAAUGCCCCCUAAUAAAGGCUUCGGCUCAGAGGUUUGUCCGGCUCUUCCUCGUCCCAUUUUUGGUUCCCUGCAUCACGUGCCUGAUCUGUCAUGCAGAGGCUGGCACACCAUAUUCACCAUGGAAAAAGUUCUGAACUCAAAAACCAUCUGUUCAAACAGUAGCGGACUGUCUAUUGGAAGUGGUCAAUGCUCGACCACUUGUGUGGAUCUGGACACAGAGUCACCGACAGAAUCCGAGCUGCGUGAGGGGAUGUUGGGAGGAACCGUAGAGGCUGACAUGGAUGAACGAGGUCUGGAGACCCCCAUAUUCUCCAUGGAUAGCAAGACCAACGAGAGCUCAUGUCCCUCAUGGCUGCGGAAGGAGCUGAUAGAUGCUGAGUUCAUCCCAGUGCCUAAAGAAUCCAGAGACUCCAUCGAUCCGCUCAUGUGCUCAUACACAGAGAGCCGAACGCUGCCAUAUGACGAGCUCGACAAGCUCAAAGCUGCAGCCGCUGCAGCCACUGGAAAAAGCCUGAUGCCGACAACAUGUGUGGAUUAUGAGCGUGUGAACGGGGUUGAGACGGGACAAUCUGAGCAGAGUUGCUGUGGAGCGAGCGCCGAGCUGGAACACCUCAGAGUAACAGUUAACUUCCAGGAAACCCAAAUUCAGCUGUUACAGAAACAGUUCAAUGAUCAGCUGAAAGAGAACGAGAGACUGUGGCGAGCCAUUGAGAGCAUCAGAGCUGGAGCUGAUCGUCACAACAUCAGUAAAAAUCACCACUCCAAUCACGAAGGCUAGUGAGAGAUCCACAUGUGAUCCAGAUCAAAUCUCAG